GGAUGCACUGAGCUCCGCUGACACCCCCAGUCGAUCCCACACUUUCCCAUCUCCUCCGCCGAUUCCCGGCAGCUGCGCUACUCCCCUCUCCCCUCUGCGCCCGGCCCCACCUCUAAGCACCCGUGACGCGCCACUUGCCCCGCUACCGCCGAGAACAAAAACCCACCGCCGGCGGGCCAGCGCGCGCUCCAUCAUCAGCAUCCCACCUCCUCCGCUCGGAGCGCGGCAUCCGCCCGAGCAAGCGAUCCGGCGAGAUGUCGGCAGAUGCUGCUGCGGCGGCGAGCGUGGGCAAGCUGGUGCUCGACACUGGCUGGCUCGCCGCGCGCUCCACCGAGGUGGCCCUCACCGGCGUCGAGCUCACCACCACCCACCCGCCGGACGCCUCCGUCGCCGCCCCGUGGAUGCACGCCGCCGUCCCCGGAACCGUGCUGGGGACCCUUCUAAAAAACAAGUUGAUUCCCGACCCCUUCUACGGGCUCAACAACGAGGCAAUCAUCGACAUCGCCGAUUCCGGGAGGGAGCACUACACAUUCUGGUUCUUCACCACCUUCCAGUGUGCCCCGGCAGGAAACCGGCACGUGAGUUUAAACUUCCGUGGAGUAAACUACUCAGCAGAAGUAUACAUAAAUGGGCACAAAGAGAUACUUCCAAAAGGAAUGUUCCGAAGGCACACCCUUGAUAUUACUGAAGUUCUUCAUCCUGAGGGCAGCAAUCUGCUUGCUGUCCUCGUUCAUCCUCCUGAUCAUCCUGGCACGAUUCCUCCUCAGGGAGGUCAAGGCGGUGAUCAUGAGAUUGGAAAAGAUGUUGCUACGCAAUAUGUUGAAGGAUGGGAUUGGAUGUGCCCGAUAAGGGAUAGAAACACAGGAAUCUGGGAUGAAGUUUCGAUCUGCAUAACUGGGGCUGUGAACAUAACCGAUCCCCAUCUGGUUUCAACUUUUCAUGACGAUUUUAAGAGAUCGUACCUACAUUGUACACUUCAGUUGGAGAACAAAAGUUCAUGGCUCGCAGAUUGUAGUUUAAAAAUUCAGGUUUCCGCUGAACUAGAGGGGGACAUUUGUUUGGUGGAACAUCUUCAGAGUUAUGCCAUAUCGAUUCCUCCCCGUUCAGUUCUGGAAUACACUCUUCCUCCGUUAUUCUUCUAUAAGCCAAACCUGUGGUGGCCAAAUGGCAUGGGAAAGCAAUCGCUCUACAAUGUUGAAAUUAGUGUGGAUGUCAAUGGACUAGGAGAGUCCGAUUCAUGGAGUCAUUAUUUUGGGUUCCGUAAGGUUGAGAGUUCUAUUGAUGAUUCUACUGGUGGGAGGAUCUUCAAGGUAAACGGUGAGCCUAUUUUCAUCCGAGGAGGGAACUGGAUAUUGUCUGAUGGCCUGCUUCGACUAACAAAGAAGCGCUACAUGACCGAUAUCAAGUUCCAUGCUGAUAUGAACUUUAAUAUGCUUCGCUGUUGGGGUGGUGGAUUAGCAGAGAGGCCCGAUUUUUACCAUUUUUGUGAUGUAUAUGGUUUGAUGGUAUGGCAGGAAUUCUGGAUAACUGGAGAUGUUGAUGGUCGUGGACUUCCAAUAUCAAACCCAGAUGGUCCUUUGGACCAUGCUCUCUUCCUUCUGUGUGCUAGAGAUACUGUCAAGUUACUCAGAAAUCAUGCUAGUCUAGCUCUAUGGGUUGGUGGUAAUGAGCAAGUCCCACCAAUUGACAUCAACAGAGCACUGAAGAAUGAUUUGAAGCUACAUCCUAUGUUUUUGAGCAACCAGACAACAAAAAAUCAAGGAAAGUAUCUAUCACAAGACCCAACUGACCCAAGUAAAUACCUGGAUGGUACUAGGGCGUAUGUCCAAGGAUCAAUGUGGGAUGGUUUUGCUGAUGGGAAAGGCGAUUUCACUGAUGGUCCAUAUGAGAUUCAGUAUCCAGAGAGCUUUUUCAAGAAUAGUUUCUACAAAUAUGGGUUUAACCCUGAAGUUGGUUCUGUGGGGGUUCCAGUUGCUGCAACGAUUAGAGCAACAAUGCCUCCAGAAGGAUGGAGUAUUCCAAUUUUUAAGAAGGGAAUUGAUGGGUACAUAGAAGAAGUCCCAAACCCAAUAUGGGAUUACCACAAGUACAUCCCCUACUCGAAACCGGGGAAGGUGCAUGAUCAGAUUGAACUAUACGGCCAUCCAAAAGAUCUUGAUGAUUUCUGUGAAAAAGCACAAUUGAUCAAUUAUGUUCAGUACAGAGCUCUCCUGGAAGGAUGGACUUCUUUCAUGUGGACAAAGUUCACAGGUGUUCUAAUUUGGAAGACGCAAAAUCCAUGGACCGGACUACGAGGACAGUUCUAUGAUCACCUCCAAGACCAAACUGCCGGGUUCUAUGGUUGCCGUUGUGCUGCUGAGCCGAUUCAUGUCCAAUUGAAUUUGGCUAGUUACAACAUAGAGGUGGUAAACACUACGUCCGAUAAGCUGACAGACGUGGCUGUAGAAAUUUCAGUAUGGGAUCUUGACGGCGCAUCCCCAUAUUACAAAGUUACAGAGAAAUUCGUGGCACCGCCAAAGAAAGUGAAGCAAAUUAUGGAGAUGGAAUACCCUAAGAUGAAGAAUGCCAAGCCUGUCUAUUUUCUACUGCUUAAACUCUUCAGGCUUUCAGACAAGGAAGUACUCUCCAGAAACUUCUAUUGGCUACAUCUUCCUGGGAAAGACUACAAGUUGUUGGAAGAGUAUCGGCAGAAGACAAUUCCGCUCGAGAUCGGGUCCGAAAUUUCUGUCUCAGGCGGCACAUACAAGGUAAGAAUGUCCAUACAGAACAAGUCAAAGAAAUCCGCAGCUGAUAGCACAACCUCGGUCUCAACUAUGGAACUAGAGGACAGAAAUGGUGUCCACGGCAUUAGUGAAGAAACUACUUGUGUGGUACAGAAAAGUGGUCUGUGGAGCAAAAUUCGCAGGAACAUUGAUCUCGCAAGAUCGGGUGACAAACCAAGAACACUUGAGGUGAAGGGGACCGAUUCAGGUGUGGCGUUUUUCCUUCAUUUCUCGGUGCACACCUCUGAAUCAUCCACUAGGGAGAAUUACAGGGACACUAGAAUCCUUCCGGUACACUACUCAGACAACUAUUUUUCGCUCACGCCCGGGGAGAAGAUGACAGCCGACAUCUCCUUCGAGGCUCCUGAAGGAUCCAAGCCCAGGGUCAUUCUGAAAGGCUGGAACUAUCAUCUAAACCAUGCAGUGAUGAUGUGAGGCGUGCUUUGUCCGUGAACAUGCUAUUGAAUUGAGUACUGGAAGUAAGAUCCAUGUAAACUAAGUACAUCCCCUGUGAAGUGCAGACAUGAACAGUUAGCUAUCUUAUAAACCAACAAUCAACAAUAAAGUGCAGGCAUCGACUCAA